GUUAGUGUGUGUCCUUACUUGUGAAGCAGCUCCCUUCACUGUGUGUGUGGCCCAUCCAUUCAGCUCUGGUGCUCGUCCCAGGGACAUAGCUCUUAUUGUCCCUCUGCCUCUUGGUCUUUCCCACUUAUUCUUUUCAGAUGACUUUUAAAAAUAGCAUCUGUUGGGUUUUUUCCUCCCUAGUAACAAGUGAUGUAUACUAAUUGUAGAAAGCAAAAAUACUUAAAAACACAGGAUCCACCACCUGGAGUAGACCACAGUUAACACAUGAAGGUCAUGGUAACCAAAGUGGUAUCAGGAACUUGGCAGUGGGCCGGUGUCUGCUCCUCGGCUAUGUACAGGCACCAUGUCCAAAGACCCAGAAGGCUCCUGGGUGCUCUGCAAGGUUCUGGAGUGCUGGGAACCCUAGAAGCAGCUGUGGGUAGAGACAAAACCCAGAACCUACAGCAGAGACCAGAGCUCAGUUUCCUGGGACUUCAGCGAGAAAUCCAGAAGGGGUUGCAGGUGGGGCCAAGAAGAAACACGGCUGCCUCCCCCUACAAACUCACACAGUCCAAGAGGUGAAGGCAGAGGCUGGCAUGAACAUGGGCUACAGCACGGCCUUGUACUCUGCAGGAACUGAGGAGAGGACAUGGGGAAUGUCCCAAGGAUGUCCCCUGCACAGAGCCAGGUGGCUAGGAAAAGACAAGCUUUUCCCUAGUGCCCAGGGCAAACCUACUCUGAGAAAAUAAUGCAAAUUAGAUCUGUUUUUCUGAACAUUGGCUCCGUGCUAGGGAACUCCCUAAGAGGUUUAGCAAACAAGCAGCUCUGGUUCUAAACGAGGCCUGUCUGCAUUUAAGGCUCAGGCUGGUGGUCUCACCACCUGACACCCCAUGGUCACAGCCUGUUUGAGCCCGUCUACCUCAGCCUUGGCCAGAUGGGAGCCUGGGACAGAGGAGAGAGGGACCUGGAGGCUCUAAGAGAGGCCAACAGCCACUGUGUCUGAAGCCCCGAGGCCUUGGCCGAGUGGGCAUGCCUGGCCCACUGCUGACUGCAGCCAGAUGGCCAGGGCAGGCAUCUGGAACCGCAGCCUCCCUCGGCCCUGUCCCAGGUCAUGAGGAGCCUGAGGCCCCAGGCACCCCUGAGAACACCAUGCAGAGGUGGAACAGGACUUGCGCCUUGCCUGAGGACAGCCCUGGCCUCUACUGCCCCAUCUGUGGUGAAUGCAGAGUCAGAAUGGCGUGGGGCGCACAGUGGACAGGGCAUCUUGAAGGCUUACUGUAUUGUUCUGUCUGGGGGAGGAGCCCCAGGUCCCAGGUCAGGAGAAACUGGCAGGGGAGCCCUCUGCAUGUGGGAGAUAGUUCAUAGGGUUCAAGGACUUUGGACACUCUGGAAUCGGGGAUCGUGGGGUACAAACAGGCUUAUUCCACAAGGCCAUGAGCACGUGGUCAAGGUAUCGGCUAGACUCCCCACCUCCCUCUCCAGGAACAACAUCCUGUUGGCACCACACUCCCUGCUACUGGAGAUUCAGGCACUGCAGGAGAGGCCUCGGGUUCCUGCUUCCCAGCCUCCUCCCCCACCGUGUCCGCCUUCCUGGCACCGAUCCUGGGUAUGGAGUUUGUCCUGGGGCUGGCGGGGAACAGCUUGGCGCUCUUCAUCUUCUGCUUCCACACGCGGCCCUGGAUGUCGAACACGGUGUUCCUGGUCAGCCUGGUGGUGGCCGACUUUCUCCUGAUCGUCAACCUGCCCCUUCGUGUGGAUUACUACUUCCUGCAUGAGCGCUGGCGUUUCGGGGCCACCGUCUGCAAGCUCAACCUCUUCAUGCUGUCCACCAACCGCUCAGCCAGCGUGGUCUUCCUCACGGCCAUCGCCCUCCACCGCUACCUGAAGGUGGUGCGGCCCCACCACGCGCUGAGCCGGGCCUCCGUGAGGGCGGUCACCUGGGUGGCCGGGGGGCUCUGGGCCAGCAUCCUGCUCCUCAACGGACACCUGCUCCUGGCUGCCUAUCCUGACGGCUCCUGCCUCAGCUACCGGCUGGGCGUCAAGCCCUCGGCUUUGCUCCACUGGCACCAGGCCCUGUUUGUGCUGGAGUUCUUCCUGCCUCUGGCACUCAUCACAUUUGCCAUCGUGAGCAUCGGGCUCAAGAUCCAACGUCGUGGCCUUGGGGGGCAGGCGGGCCCGCGGAGAGCUGUGCGAGUGCUGGCUGUGGUGGUGACUGUCUACACGGUCUGCUUCUUGCCCAGUAUUGUCUUCGGCAUGGCUUCCAUAGUGGCCUUCCGCCUGGGUGCCUGCCCCGCCCUUGACCUCUGCACGCAGCUCUUUCAUGGCUCCCUGGCCUUCACCUACCUCAACAGUGUCCUAGACCCUGUGCUCUACUGCUUCUCCAGCCCUAGCUUCCUCCGCCAGGUCCGGGCCCUGCUGGGCCUCACUGAGGGCUGGCAGGGUUCAGCCAGUGACGAGAGCUCCUACCAGCCAUCUGCCCGGCGCCGGGAGGGCACUCGGAAGGUGCAAGCUGUGGAGAAACUGCAGAUGGAGGUCUCGCUGGAGGGCCCGCUCGAGUAAGAAGGUUCCCUCUCGGGACUAGGGGUUCGCAGGGCCGCAAGAGGAAGCACGGCUGGGCUCUGACCUGGAGGGAGAAGGUUGCCAGCAUAGGGCGCCUCGACCAACUGGAUGUCGGCAGGAGCCAGGUGGGUGGCAGGGGAAGGAAAGGGUCUCGACCUUCCAGAGCAGUGUGUCCCAGAUGAUAUCCCCAGAGUGCAGGAAAGAGCCCGACGGCAGGUGGAGACAAGACAGGGGCUGUAGCAGCUCCCCUCCAGACAAAGGGCCACACAGCUGCCCAGUCCAGGGGGAGAGCACAAGUCUUGCUUUGGAGGUUGGACAGCGCACAUUUUCAUCAUCUCCAGCUUGUCCCUUUCAAUGCUAAUAAACUGCCUUUUGA